AUGGAGAUUCGCGUGAGGUGCAACUGCGGAGAAGGAAGCUGCGAGGAAUGGGGCAUUGUGGAGCUCCAAGGAGUGGUGGAGCCUCAGCCAGGAUUCCACGAUUCCCUCCCAAAUCUCCACAUCGGUACUCUCUGUCGUCCUUCUUCUCAGGAAUUGUACACCUUCACUGUUGGAUACCACGAACUGACAGGGUCAAAGGUUCCCUUGAAGAAGCCAAUGGUGGUGCUCAAGAAAGUAAAGCAUCCUGAUGGAGAAAGUGGGUGUAAGGUGGAGCUGCAAGUUGUUGGAGUCAUUAGACAUAAGAUUCUGUUCAAGAACAGACCAAAGGCUCUCAUUUCUAAACCACAGAUAACAUCGAGGGAAAGACAAAAGCCUAUCAUGUUAGGCUCUUCCCCCUCAAAUCAAUCUGCUUAA